UUUAACAUCUCUAAUUAAGCAGAAGAUGAUGAAGCAGUAUAAGUAACAGUGUGGGGAACAGCAUGGUCAGCUGAAUGCAACGGGGCUUCUGAUUUUAAUAAUUUGAAAAGAAGAUGAAGUGUCUCCUGUGCCUGUGUUUACUCCUUGCUGUUCUUUGUGCUGUAAUCCAUUGCUGCCCUGAAGACAUUUGCCAUGAAGCCAACAAUACUAAUCUGCAGGAUGGAAGAGAAAAUUUAUUAACAUUCAGCUGUUACAAGAAAGGCUCUAACUAUGCAGAUUUUGUAUUUAGAUUUUACAAGGAGGCUGCAUCAAAAGAAGUUGAUAAAAAUGUUUUCUUUUCUCCCAUAAGCAUCUCCACUGCCUUUGCCAUGCUGGCUGUUGGUGCUAAAUCAACCACUCUGUCUGAGAUUCUUGAAGGCCUGGGUUUUGAUGACGUGACUGAGACUAGCGUACGUGAUGUACAUGAAAGUUUUCACAAAGUUUUGUCAGUACUGAACUGUUCUGGUGUUAAUUUCACAUUGAAUAUAAGGAAUGCCCUUUUUACAGCUAUUGGGUAUGAACCACACGACUCAUUUUUACAAAACACCACAGAAUUUUAUGAUGUAGAUUUUCACUCUACUGAUUUUCAUAAACCAGAAGAAGCUAGAAAGCAAAUCAAUAAAUAUGUAGAGGAGAAAACCAAGGGGAAAAUUCCUGAAUUAGUCGGUCAUCUUGAUCCAAGUACUGUACUGGUUCUUGUUAACUAUAUUUAUUUUAAAGCUGCCUGGGAAAAGUCUUUUGAUCCUUUGCGUACAUAUGAGGAUGAUUUUUUUGUGAACACAAAUGCAUCUGUUAGAGUCAAUAUGAUGCAGCGUGAUGGUACCGCAAACACUUACUACGACCAGGAUCUCUCCUGUAUGGUAGUAGAGCUGCCUUACCAGGGAUUUGUACGAGCAUUGCUUAUUCUGCCUGGUGAUGGAAAGAUGAAGCAAGUGGAAGAUGCUCUCUCCAAGGAAACUGUUUGUAAAUGGCAGAGCAAACUUGUGACCAGGAGAUUAAAUCUGCAGUUACCAAAGUUUUCUAUUAGUGGGUCUUAUGAUGUCAAAACCGUGUUUGAGCAGAUGGGAAUUACUGAAUUGUUCUCAGGUAAUGCUGAUCUGUCUGGAAUUAGCAGCAAUCAUGAUCUCCAGGUUUCACAGGCAGUUCACAAGGCCUUGCUGGAAGUUGAUGAGGCUGGCACUGAAGCUGUAGGAGGCACUGCCAUAGUCUCUACCAGAUUUUCCUAUUCUUCUGAUACCAUCAAAUUCAACAGGCCCUUCCUUAUUUUGAUCUCUGACAAACAAACCAGCACCACAUUUUUCAUGGGGAAAAUUGUUGAUCCUACGAAGAAGUAAUCACUGGGUUAUUUGGCAUACUGAUAUUGGGUAUGGGUUAUAAUGGCUAGAGUGUUUGCAGUUUUGGGCUAGGUAGUGCUGCUAACUAGUCUCUGAUUGAGGGAUAUUCAGAAGUAAAUGAGAAAUUUCCUUAUUGAAUUAAUAAGAAAAAGAAUUGUAAAACAACACCAUUAACUGCCACUUUUUAAAUGUAACACGUUCCCCAGCUGAAUAAUUGUAUUGGGUUUGCACGGCAAGGUUUUGGUAGUGGGGGCCUGUGGGGGCCUAUGGGGGUGACUUCAAGCUACCAGAAGUUUCCCCCAUAUCUGACAGAGCCACUGCCAGCCAGCUCCAAGAUGGAUCUGUGGCUGCUGAAGGCUGAGCCAAUCAGGAAUGAUAGUAACACCUCUGUGAUAACAUAUUUGAGAAGGGAAUAAAGUUAUUUCGCAGAAGUAAUUGAGUCCAGAGGAGUGCAGAGUGAGAAACCACAGUCCAGACACCAAGGUCAGUGAUGAAUGAGGGGAGGAGGUGCCAAAGCAAAGAUCUACCUGCAGGCUGUGGUGCAGACCAUGGUGAGCAGGCUGUCGCUGUGCUGCCCAUGGAGGUCCAGGGGACAGCCGAGAUCCACCUACAGCCCAUAGAGGAGGCCCACUCGGGGGCAGGUGGGUGUCCAGGAGGAGGCUGUGACCCCAUGGGAAGCCCACACUGGAGCACACUCCUGGCAGGACCUGUAGACCCAUGAAGAGAGGAGCCCAUGCCAGAGCAGGUUUGAUGCCUGGACUUGUGACCCCGUGGGGGACCCGUGCUGGAGCAGCCUGUGCCUGAAGGAAUGAAUCCUGUGGAAGGGACCCACAAUGGAGCAGUUAAUAAAAAACUGUAGUCCAUGGGAAGGACUCACACUGGAGAAGUUCAUGGAGGACUGUUUUCUUUGUGGGGGACCCUACACUGGAGCAGGGGGAAGACUACUCUCCCUGAAGAAGAAUAAACAGAAGAACCAUGUGAUGAACUGACCAUGAGCCUUAUUGCCCUUCUCCCUGAGCUGGGGAAAAGGUGUUUUUAAGAUUUGUUUUACUUUUCAUUAUCCUGCUCUGCUUUUGAUUGGUAAUAAAUUCAACUAAUUUAUCCAAGUUGAGUCUAU